AUGGCCGCCGCGCGGCGAGAAAGCACAGAGGAUGAGGAAAGCUGCUGUCCCCUGGUGCCCAGGGCCCUCUCUCCUGUCGGUGGAGCAGAAAUCUGCCUGUCCUGGCUGGCCUGACCUCAGCCGUGGAUGGAGGCCUUGCUUCCUCUCCACCGCUGAGCUCCCGAGUACACACUCUCCCAGCCUCGGGUUCUGAAAAGCAGAUGGCAGAUCCUCCUCGGAGGGACGAAUGCAGAGGUGAUAGAGGGGGACCUAGCUGCAGGCCCAGAUAAAGGGGGCUUCUUUCUGUAAAUACGGGGGAAAGAAUGAAGCCAGGAUCCUCUGCCGGUGUUGGAAAUGGCCCAGGUAAGCACCCAGGUCGGACCCGGGGCCUCACUGACUGAUAUGCUUUGUUUUCCAGGGAGAGCUUCCUCCGCGGUGCUCUCGUCCAUCUCUCUGCAGGUGCUGUUCUGCCUGAGUGGGGCAUAUUACGCCCUGUAUUUCCUAGCUACACUCCUGAUGAUUACAUAUAAAAGUCAGGUUUUCAGUUAUCCUCACCCUUACCUGGUCCUCGACCUGACUCUGCUGCUUCUGAUGGGGAUUCUGGAAGUGACUCGGUUAUAUCUUGGCACCAAGGGCAACCUGACGGAGGCCGAGGUGCCGCUGGCCAUCAGCCUGGCCCUCACAGCGGGGGGCGCCCUGUUGUCCACCUACUUCCUGCUCUGGCAGACCCUGGUGCUGCGGGCAGACUCCAUCCUCAGUGCCACACUCCUGGCGCUCCAUGGCCUGGAGGCCAUUCUACAGCUGGUGGCCAUUGCUGCCUUUGUCAGCUAGGCAGGCGGUGCCCGGCUUCCCUCCCGCCACCCCCCCCCCCGCCCUGCCCAGGGUGGGACAGCUCUGGACAGAAGCCACCUCUUGGGAGUUCAGCCAUGUCUGGCUGGCUCCCUCUGGGGUGCGCCGACCUGCUUGAUCACUGAGGGGGGCAGGUGAGGACGGUGCAUGUUUUCUCGUGGUGCUGUGCAUCUCUCACAUAAUUGCUGGCAUUCCGUGCUUUCCACACUGGUCCACCUGGAGCUACAGGGUGGCGUGGGGAGCCAGGGACCCACAGCUCAUGGCAGGCCAAGUCCUGGACAGCAGUCAGCUCUGCUUUGCAACAGAAAGAAAAGAAAUGUGAGGGAGCCAGCAAGCUCUGGUGUUUGGGGGUUUUUGCAGAGGUGGCCCCUUUCCCCUUGGGACUCCUGUGGGGAGGUGGUCUGAAGCACUGAGGGGAGGGAGGCAGAGGAUGGGAGAGUGACGGAGAACAGCCUGCCACUGCCCAGGGCUGGGGCUUCAGGGCUCCGAUGUCCAGGCCUCCGUCAGGAAACCGUCCGGAACGUUUGCACUGUGUUAGACGCAGUCACAGAACGUAAGGGCUCCUGGAAGGACUCUGAGUUCAUGUUCUCUAGUGACUUGCCUUCAUUUGUCUGUAUCACACCCUGUCCACGUUUGGAAUAACAUGUUUGAAUAUCCAGGUAUUUUCUCUUUGCCAUAUUGUUGAAAUAAACGUUUAUACCUCCCUCAA